GUUCUGUUUCAGUGUGCGGCGACAUUCACGGACAGUUCUAUGACCUGAUGAAGUUGUUCGAGGUGGGCGGACCACCCUCCACGACAAAGUAUCUCUUCCUCGGCGAUUAUGUAGACAGGGGUUAUUUCAGUAUCGAGUGCGUAUUGUACCUGUGGGCACUUAAGCUGUGCCAUCCAAACACACUGUUUCUCCUCAGAGGCAACCACGAGUGCCGUCAUCUCACGGAAUACUUCACGUUUAAGCAAGAAUGUAAAAUAAAAUACUCGGAGAGGGUGUACGACGCGUGCAUGGACGCGUUCGACUGUCUGCCGUUGGCGGCCCUCAUGAACCAACAGUUCCUCUGCGUGCACGGUGGACUGUCGCCGGAAAUUCACAAUCUAGAAGACAUACGCAAAUUGGACAGGUUCAAAGAGCCGCCGGCGUACGGGCCGAUGUGCGAUCUGCUCUGGUCCGAUCCACUGGAGGACUUCGGCAACGAGAAGAACGCCGAGCACUUCUCCCACAACAGCGUUAGGGGUUGUUCGUACUUUUACAGUUACGCGGCGUGCUGCGACUUCCUGCAGAACAACAACCUGCUCAGCAUCAUAAGGGCGCACGAGGCACAGGACGCUGGCUACCGCAUGUACCGGAAAUCUCAGACGACGGGCUUCCCAUCGCUAAUCACCAUCUUCAGCGCGCCCAACUACCUCGACGUCUACAAUAACAAGGCGGCUGUGCUGAAAUACGAGAACAACGUGAUGAACAUCAGGCAGUUCAACUGUUCGCCACAUCCCUACUGGUUGCCCAAUUUCAUGGACGUUUUCACGUGGUCUCUGCCAUUUGUAGGUGAAAAGGUCACAGAGAUGUUGGUCAACGUGCUGAACAUCUGCUCGGACGACGAGCUGAUGAGCGACGGAGACGACGGGCUCGAAGAAGUCGCAGCGAAAGUCGUUGUCCAAAAAAAGAACGCGUCGCAAGCCACGACAACCGCGAAUUUAACCCGCGAAUGCUUAGUGAAGCGGAAACACAACGACACCGGGACGAUAUUUUCACGUGCAGCAGCCAAUCUACGCAAGGAGGUUAUCAGAAACAAGAUCAGAGCCAUUGGCAAGAUGGCGCGCGUCUUCUCCGUCCUCAGAGAGGAGAGCGAGAGCGUGUUGCAGCUGAAGGGAUUGACGCCCACUGGAGCUUUGCCUCUCGGUGCGUUAUCAGGUGGCAAGACGUCCCUAAAAAACGCUCUGCAAGGUUUCUCGCCGAACCACAAAAUCACCUCGUUCGCCGAGGCGAAAGGUCUGGACGCUAUAAACGAAAGGAUGCCACCAAGAAAGGACGCCCCGCCUACGCCGGUAAACGAGGAGAAGCCCGUGAUAAAGCCGCCGGAUCCUGCGGGAGACAAGCGAGACCCCAACACACCGCAAUCGCAAUCGUGAGCCUCACACUCGUCCAAUCAAGGUACACAUCACACCCACGUGGAUGAUCCUGACAGGGAGAGCGUUUUCAUACUCGCUCUCUCAAGAUUUCUAUCUUCGCUCCUUUUUGUUUUCGAAUCCUCGAUCCCCCGCCGAUCCCGCCGAACUUGGAAUAGAUAUUUACGGUGCCACUGUAUCGGCGAGGUUGUGAAAUCUGACGGCAGUAGCGAAAGUAAAAGAACAGAAAAUGGCGAUUACAUAGAAAAUUUAGAUGUCAUAUGAAAUGUCUAAAAUUAUUAUAAUUCGGUGUUGGCAAUGUUUGAUGGAAGAAACAAAUUUCUACUUGUUUCUUUGAUUAUAUUCGUAAACAGUUCGUAAAUUGUGUGAAAGUCUAUAGUCUAACGUAUCAAUGCUGUCGCGUGCUUUUUUUAUUUUAUAAAAUCUCAACAGAAUUCGAUGGUCCUUGAUAGAAGCAACCAUGGUCUUUGCAGUGUUAACGUCGAGGGUGAAGUUUAGGAAAUUUAGUUGAAGUUUACAGAGGAAAGCUGUUAUUACAGAGAUAAUAAAUUACUAUAGAUCGUUUGCUAAUUAUAUAUAUAUAUAUACGGAAGGGAGCAAAUUUAAUUAAUGUCGGCCAUUGUGAUCACUUGUCUAAAAUAAUUAAGAAAAAUAUGUUUAACGACUUUGGCGAAUGUGAAACUGUACGAAGAAUUAAAAGAAAUUUAGAUGGAAUAUUUAGUGAAACAAGUCAGGAUCCAUUUCGUUAUGAAUUAAAAAUCCUAUUUGCAAGAUUGAACUAUUGAGAAAGUAUAAUGAUUCUAAAUGGGGUUGAAAUAUCAGUAAUAUCAAUUAUUUGUUCAUUUAUUCGAUCUGUUGUUUAUUCGAUUUGUUUAUUUAUUCAAUCAUUUAUUCAUUCUGUAAAUGUUCUGAAUAUGUAAGAGUGGCAUUUAAAUCUAAUAUUAUCCUUUCAUGUCGAUCUACCAAUUUUAUAAAAUUUAUCAAAUUUAUUAAAACAUCAACGUUAAUAAUUUUCUAUAAUACACAUGUAAUCUGUAACCUCGUCAUACCCUGGUCCGUACUGUAUCAAAAUUCGCAGGAUCCACGAGAGAUUGAUGAGCAAUUGUCGUUGUGGAUGCAUUAACACGUUGACUGCGAUCAGUAUCGAGCAUAUAUCGACAUAAAUAUUAUAAAUAUUUCAGAUUGAUCAAAACAAAAAUAAACGUUAUUCAUAAAAGAAAGGAUGACAUAAAUAAAUACUGUGAGACACGCACUUUCACUUGCAGUGUAUCGAAAAACAUGGCAGUGAACAUGUUAACAAAACGAGAAUUCGUUCAUCGGAUCGAUCGGAUCGAGUAUUCGAGAGAUACGAGACAGUGAAAGGAGCGAUUAAAAAAAAAAAAAAAAAAAGAAAAUCAUUAUUAUUAUGAUCCACGAAAAAAUCGCAGUAGUAUUUGGCUCAGGCGUUUGAAAGUUUUGUCUUGUUAGAAAGAGUAGAUGAUAAACGAAGAAUGAACGAAAGAGAAGUUCCACGAGUGAUCGUGUAUCGAAAACUGUAACGAAACAGCUCGAUAAUUGUACACCGAUUAACUCAUCACGCACGAUACGCACCAUCGAAUAUAUAUAUAUAUGUAUGUAUGUAUAUGUGCAUAUAUAUAUAUAUAUAUAUCUGAAUUGUCUGUUCUCUCACCCUGUGUCACGCGUGGUCGAUUAACUUUGGCACGUUGGGUUAUGGGGGUCACGACUAACCCGGAGAAGGUGGUACACGUGGACUCACAGCUUCCUGUUGCGUGUUGCACGAGUGUCGACCCAUGGAGAAACGCUUUGUCGGCCGAGUCGUUCCUCCCGAUGAACAUCGUUCCACUUUUCGCCAAGCAUUUUGCUGUUUCCAUCCCUCGAAAAUGUAUUUUUAAUCCUUUCGGUGCAGCGAAUAAAACUUUUUGCAAUUUC